AUGGCGUCCUUUGGUACAGUUCUCGAUCUGCUUGACGAUCGCUACCUCGAACUACAGGACGUCAUUGGUAAUGUCGAACCCCUUCCGACUCUCGUACCGUACACGGAAUACAAGCAAACUGUGCUUGUUUACAGCAUGAGCACGAAUCUCAAUGUUUGUAUGGCGCUCGUGCAAGAACUCACACAGCGUAGAGCUCGCGAGAAAAGUGAAGAGCUCUGGACAUGGUGUGUGCAGUGGAAAAUUGAAGCCGCACCAUCCAAGCAAAGACUUGCUUUACCGCCAUCAUCCAAGAAGCCCCGCCUCGACGCACAACAGCUAAAGGCUCCCUCCAAGCCAGAGACUGAAGAAUGCAAAGGACCGUUUCUCAACAUUGUCGAGCGACGCAUCAUCAACCCUAAACUCUUACUGCGGGAAGAGAUGUUGCGAUGCCUCAUUGACAUCGUACAGGCGGAGAGUCGGCUUGUCCCAAACUUCAUCGAAUUCCUGUAUCGAUGGAUUGAUUUCUAUCAAGGAGACGGCACGGCCUUGAAGGCAGCAAUGAGAUGGGAGAUUCCCAGCCUAUGGGAAUUCGAGUACCACCCACUGAUUAUUUCUAUGGAUCCCAAGCAGAAAGAUCAUCAUAGCACAGUCCCAGAAGACAUAGAACCAACAGUCCUCGCUGGUGUAAUGAAGCCCUCGACCAAUGAGGAGACCAACUCGAAAAUUAACAACCGCGAAAAACCCGACAUUGCAGCAUUUGAAGAGGAAAUCGAGUUGAGUGAGCGACUCCAAUACCGCGAAGUCCACUACGGCAUCGAGCCGCCGCACAUGUCCCAACCCAUCCCUCGUCUUUUGAACAUCCCAACGAAUCCAGGGAGAAGAAUUAAAUAUUACGCUGCAUGCUUCAAGUCACGUCAACGAGCUUUCAAUAUCCUCAUCGAGGCGGGGCUCACGGUCCAGCAAAUCACUAACUACAAGAGACUCCAAGUGGAAUCCGUAAGAGAAACCCCGUGCGAUAGCAAAAGGGAUGGCCUCAAAAACUAUGAAAAGGAUGCAAAGGCUGCACAAGCUCAUUAUAUUGAAAAGGAGAAAGAAAUGGCGGUACGGGCGAAGCACACGGAGGCUGCGAUCAGCAACAGAUUGGCUUUGGAGGCUAGGGUAGCUGCUCGUAGCAAUGUCACAGUCGCAGACCCUACAGGAGUGCCGCUCAUUCCGGCAACGCCAUCAUACACUCCCCGUCCGGCUAUGGAGAUGGACAUACUGGAAAAGCUGCAGAUAGGUCGUGCACAUGGUGGUGACAGGAUCAACAUUGUGCCGAAGCCUCUAGUGGGUAGACUGAAGAGCACAUUGUUUGCAAGCGUGAGCGAUUUGGAGUCGCUCAACAGGCAGUCUGCCGCAGGUUUGAUUCUGCGUCGGACUAGUUCACUCUCCGAGGCCAAUGGGUGUCAAGAGUCAUAUUCACCACCUCAAGCUCCCGGUAUGCCAUAUCCUCGACAAUUCGUCACUCGAUCUUUCGAUACCAUGCAGGCAUCUACUAAUCCAGGCACAAUUCCUCAGACUACAGCAGAUGGCCCCUCUUGGAAUCCCCAACAGAUUGAAACCUUCGUCGACAACCUUACACCGACACAACGCCAACGAGUGAUCCAGAUGAUGCACCAGAGUUAUGUUACAGGGGAUACUAAUGCAAGACCGCCUACCAUAGAUACACCAGAGGUAGCUGCAUCGAGUACAUCGAUAUCAGUUCAACAUCCACCUGGUCCUAUGCAAACGCCCCCGUCUGUUGCCAUAGCGCAUGCGCACCAACCUGCGAUGCCGUCCCUAUCUUUUCAGCCUCCUCUAGGCUUUGAAAGGCAGAGGAGUAUGACACUUCCGAUUAGAGCUCCCAUGCCGACAUCAUACUCGAAUUUAGCACCAGGAGCAAGUCAACCACCUCCACAGCGUCGUAUCUCCAGUGACCCAAUUAGCCUGAGUUACUUGCGAACCCUAGGAAGCGGCGGUCCUAUGCAGAGGAACAACGCUCAGGGUCCUGGAAGCGCACAGCAACAACAACAACAUACCCUCGCUCCUCGACCACUUUUGCCAGAGUUGCCUCGGUUGCCAUCGCCAUCACCGCUACCAUCAGUCUCGCAAGCAUCAGUGCAUCCACUAACACCAAGACUGCCGCCUCCAAAUUCAGUUACGCCAUGGAAUCAGCAUCCUCACAAUACCGUUUCAAAUUCACAACACCCAACUGUAUCCAAUCUCGAUCCUCGGAACACGUCUCCUCGGACCGGCAUAUCGCGAACCUCACAACCUCACGCGUUACCUGUCUCUGCCAACCCCCUCUUAGCUCUUGGGACAGAUCGUGGCACAGCCCAGCACAAAACCCCAAUAUUUGCUUCUACGCAAGAAGAAAUUUCAGUGCUGAUAUACCUUCCCAAAGUUAUACGCCCGGGAAAUACCCUUGGGCCAGGUGGCGUUGCACUAGGCGACAAUGGUGUUCGGGAAACCGAUGUCCUCCUCCUUGGCCACAGCAUCCCAGGAAGCGGUAAGAUAGUCCUUUCGCGCGCCAUCUUCCUACCCAUGGGAAUAUGGCAGAAUGUUUGCCGCCGCGCUCAAUCAGAGGCCUGGAGAAUUCUCGAAUCCUACCCUGCCGGCCUCACCUAUAUGGGAACACCCAUUGCUGGUAAUGAAAAGACCGUAGCGUCACAUAGAGCCGUCUACACUAAACUCGAACUCAUUUACUCCAUCAUGUCUACCUCAUACGACAGGGAGUCUGAACUUACCAAGCGCUGGCGCGCAACUCGCGGUCCUAUGACACUUGUUGAUAGAGGUAGUGUAUGGGAGGGCUGGGGUGUUACGGUGGAUAAGGGUAUUGAGUUGGAUGCACAGGAGAGGGAGGGCGCAGUUUCCUUUUCAGGAAUGAUUGAUGAGGGAGUUGAGCAGAAGAGUGUUGAUGAGGAGACUGCGAAGCAGAAGAGGGAGAUUGAGAGGUUGCUGGCGGAGGACGGUGAUACAGAUGAAGACGAAGAUAUGGAGACCUGA